GUGUUCUCGGAUGUUUAGCUCCGACUAAUGGUGGCGAAAGUCUCUGCGCCGUUGUCAAAGUAACUUUGAGGUGUGUUGGUGGGCGGUCGCACGACGGUUUCCAUUCGUGUUCUAUCGUACGUGCGCAUGAUUUUUCCGACAUUAUCCAUCGGUGGCAGAUUCGAAUAAUCCAAGAUGCAUACCGGGAUAAGGGUGACGCGUAGGCGGUGGCUAACAUUAUUUACGAUUCGGCUGACGAUUCUCGUCCUCAAUCAUGUGACGACGAUGACGAGCGGCGAUAGCGGUAGUAAUUCCAGUAUGCUGCCGACAUUGCUGAAAGUGCCGCGACAUUGCGAGUGGGAAUCCAUGAGCGAGGGCAGCCUCGUUUGUUUACAAAAGGAGCCGACAAUAGCUGCCGAAAGCCGGGUAAAUCUGAGCGCGCUACCGGGCGAGUCGAUCACCUCUUUGACUCUCGUCUGCCUCGAGAGCGACAAGGACGGGUACGUGAACGAGGAGGGGGCGACAGUGGAAUUUAACUCGAGAGACGGGGGCGAUGUUCGAAUCCCCUUUAAUACGGGGGAGCUCUCGCAUUUGUGGAGGCUGCGAGCCGUGCGGAUAGCUGGAUGUCGAGUCGUCCAACUGGCUGCGAGGGCCUUAAGUGGACUUCGCGACUUGCGAAACUUGACAAUUAGCACGGAUGGUGGUGGGACGUUGCAAGAGAGCUGGGAUGAUAGUCGGAAGGGCAGCAGCUCCGGGUUUGCGUUUGCGCUAGAAUUGGAAGAUGGUGCGUUCGAGGCCGCCACCCAGCUCGAGAAGAUAGAUCUGUCCUCCAACAAUAUUUGGCGUAUCCCUAGUCACACUUUCUGUCCACUCGGCAAUCUCGUUAGUCUGAAUUUGUCCCGCAAUCUGCUGGAGGAUCUUGGCGAGCUCGACUUUGGUUUAUCAACCGAGAGGAAAUUAAGACGUUUGGAUCAACGUUUGGAGCAACAAAAGCAGCAGCAGCAGCAGCAGCAGCAACAGCAACAGCAACAGCAACAGCACCAUCAGCAGAAACAACAGCAACAAAGACGACGGAUUCCAUACCCGACCGUCUCCACCUUACCCUGCUCCUUGGACAUUCGUAUCCUCGAUGUGUCUCACAAUCGCCUUUCCGUACUGCCGUCCCGUGCAUUUUCAUCCCUACGCCGUCUCAGCACUCUCAAUCUCGCUGUAAAUGGCAUAACCGUCGUAGAGGACGAGGCCCUCCACGGUUUAAGGUCGCUCAAGACCAUCGAUCUGUCCGACAAUAAGAUCGUUGCACUACCCACGGAGAUAUUCAGGGAGGCGGCAAAUUCGCUCAAGGAGCUCAAGCUGCAGAACAAUUCGAUAGGGGUGCUGGCACCGGGGCUCGUCACCAAUAUGAAUCAGCUCGUGGCUUUAGACUUGUCGAGGAACGUAUUAACGAGCUCCUGGAUGAAUUCCGCGACGUUCGCUGGCUUGAUACGCUUGGUCCUCCUUGAUCUCUCCUUCAAUCGCAUCAGCAAACUCGAUCCAGCGCUAUUCAAGGACCUCUAUACCCUGCAGAUUUUGAAUUUAAAGUAUAAUGAAAUCGAGACGAUAGCGGGCGACACGUUCGCGCCCAUGAGCAACCUGCAUACCCUCGAAAUAUCGCACAAUCGCCUCAGGUACCUCGACGGCCAAUCGCUUAACGGCCUGUUCGCCCUGUCCCUAUUGGCAAUGAAUUACAAUCUGCUGGAGGGCAUCGGGCCGGACGCUUUCAAAAAUUGCUCAAGCCUCCAAGAUCUUCAAUUAUCGGGGAAUAACUUGGAGAGUGUGCCGGGCGCCCUAAAGGACAUGGGAAUCUUAAAAAUGCUCGAUCUCGGUGAGAAUCGCAUCGAGAGCUUGGAGAGGCUGAGCUUCGAAGGUAUGGCCGGUCUAUACGGAUUAAGAUUGAUGAACAACUACGUGAGCAACGUGACGAGGGAUGUGUUCGCCGAGCUGCCGGGCCUCCAGAUCUUAAAUCUCGCUCGCAACAAGAUCGAGCACGUGGACAGCGAGGCCUUCAGGGGCAAUCCAAUGCUACAGGCGAUACGACUGGACUCGAAUUUGCUCGCCGACAUCUCGACGUCAUUUGCCAACGUCUCCAGUCUCCUCUGGCUCAACGUCUCCGACAACAUGAUCGAGCGCUUCGAUUACGGCUACCUACCCCCCCAGCUACAGUGGAUGGAUCUUCAUAAAAAUGUCAUAACUGAUUUGGGCGUUGCUCAGCCGCGAUCGCGACUUCUCACCCUCGACGCGUCCUUCAAUCGACUGCGGCGCGUCAGCGCGCGGAUGGUGCCUGACUCGGUGGAGCUGCUAUUCUUAAACGACAAUGAAAUUCACGUCGUCGAGCCGCAGACGUUCAUCGCCAAGGGCAACCUAACCCGCGUCGACCUCUACGCCAAUCAGAUUGUGCGCAUGGACUUGUCGGCCUUUCAGCUAACCCAAGUACCAGCCGACCGAUACCUCCCUGAAUUCUACAUCGGCGGCAAUCCCUUCGUCUGCGACUGCACCACCGAGUGGCUCCAGCGCAUCAAUUACUUAAUGCUGCGCCAGCAUCCGCGAGUCAUGGACCUCGAGUCCGUCUAUUGUCGGCUGCCGUACGAUCGUCGGCGCUCGUUCGUGCCCCUCCUCGACGCCAAACCCUCGCAAUUCCUCUGCACUUACUCGACGCACUGCUUCGCCCUCUGUCACUGCUGCGACUUUGACGCCUGCGACUGCGAGAUGACCUGCCCGACCAACUGCACGUGCUAUCACGAUCAGUCCUGGGCCGCGAACGUCGUCGACUGCUCCAGCUCGAAUUACGAGAGGCUGCCGGGCCGCUUGCCCAUGGACGCCACGGAGGUCUACCUAGACGGCAACGACCUUGGCGAGCUCGACUCCCACUCCUUCAUCGGCCGCAAAAAUCUCGAGAUCCUUUAUGCCAACGACAGCAACAUCGUCUCCAUUCGGAACUUCACCUUCAGCGGCCUCAGGAGGCUCGCCGUCCUACACCUCGAGAACAAUCGCAUCGGCGCUUUAUACGGCACCGAGCUCGCACCCCUCGAGGCUCUGCAGGAGCUUUACCUCCAAAAUAACUGGCUCGCCUACGUCGACAACAGCACCUUCCUGCCGCUCCUCAAGCUCGAGAUACUGCGGCUCGACAACAAUCGUCUCGGGAGCUUCGCCAUAUGGCAGCUCGCGCUCAAUCCCUACCUCGUGGAGGUGAGCCUCGCCGGGAAUACGUGGCACUGCGAGUGCGCUUACGUGAACCGCGUGCGCAAGUGGAUGACGGCCAACAAGGAGAAGAUAUCCGACUGGAAGCGCGUCACUUGCAGCCUGGGCAUGCCGCUGCUGGCCCCGGUCAACGGCUCGCUCGUAAGCUGCGCGAUCCUCGGCAGCGUCACCUCGAGCAUAAGGGAGCGGCCCUUCGAAACCUACUUGCCCGUGAUGCUUGCCACGGGGGUUCUUCUGCUUGUGACGCUGGCGCUCCUCUGUGGUGCCCUGAGGCACCGACGGGCCCUACGCGCCUGGGCCUCCAGUCGCUGCGGUCUGCGCGCCUGCUACAAGACCGCGGCCUUCGAGGACCUCGAGAAGCCCUUCGACGCCUACAUCUCGUACUCCGCGGUGGACGAGGCCUUCGUGUCGCGAGUCCUCGUGCCGGGGCUCGAGACGAACUAUCGGCUUUGCCUGCACUAUCGCGAUCUCGGGGCGGGCUCGAGCGUAGCCGACGCGGUCGCCGAGGCUGCGGACUCCUCGCGGCGCACGAUCCUCGUUCUCUCGCGCAAUUUCCUCCACGGCGAGUGGGCGCGUUUCGAGUUUAAGGCCGCCCUGAGGGAGGCUCUGAAGGGUCGCGGGCGCAACGUCAUACUUUUGCUCGUGGGGGGCGUAUGCCCGCGUGACCUCGACAGUGAGCUGAGAAGGCGAGUGUCGACGCAUACAGUGCUCGUCUGGGGUGAUAAGCUCUUUUGGCAAAAGCUCAGGUUCGCCAUGCCGGAGGUGCCGCCCGUGCCCCUCGAGAGGCCGCCUUCGCUACCGACGCCCCCGCCACCGCCGCAGCACUUGUGGCCGUGAGGCAGGUGCCGCUGCACGAGUCAUGCGGUCCGAAAAGCGUCGUACAGAAUUGACGACGAAUUGGCCAAUGGAUCAGCGUUCGACUCGCCAAGCAUUUCGUGAUAUAUACAUACGUAAAAAAAAAAA